AGGCAUUAGAUGUGUUCAUCAGACCGCUUUUAAACAGAACCAAACAGGCGGAACCGGUUCUGUUCUGUCCGUCUCCUUGAUCUCAAUAAAGUUUCAGCCUUCAACCCGCCGCAGACUGGCUGUCAUGGCGGCGUUGGCGGACAGUUGGAGCUGGUUUGUGGCUUUAGCUGUUGGGGUUUCUCUUCUCAAAUGCCUCUUCAUCAACGCUUAUCAUUCCACAGACUUUGAGGUCCACAGGAACUGGUUGGCCAUCACACACAGCCUGCCGGUGUCCAGGUGGUAUCAUGAGAACACCUCUGAGUGGACUCUGGACUACCCGCCGCUGUUUGCCUGGUUCGAGUUCGGUCUGUCACAGGCGGCGCAGCACUUCGAUAGAAACCUGCUGCAGGUGGAGAAUCUGAACUACAACAGCCCAUCCGCGGUGCUGUUCCAGAGACUUUCGGUUGUCUUCACCGACCUGGUUUUUAUCUACGCCGUCAGAGAGUGCUGCAGGUGCGUUCAGGGCCUGAAGGGUUCUCAGGAUGUUCUGAACCGGCCGUCCUUCAUCCUGGCCGUGCUGCUCCUGUGGAACUUCGGCCUCCUCAUCGUGGACCAUGUUCAUUUCCAGUAUAACGGCUUCCUGUUCGGGUUCCUGCUGCUGUCAGUGGCCAAACACCUGCAGUCUCAGCACCUGCAGGGGGCGCUGCUGUUUGCCAUUCUGCUCAACCUGAAGCACAUAUACCUGUACGUUGCUCCUGCUUUCGGGAUCUUUCUGCUGAGGAGUUUCUGCUUCACUCAGGACCACAGAGACAGCUCCAUCAGGUGGAGCAGCUUUCGCCCGCUGCGUCUGCUGGCUCUGAGUAGCAUCGUCAUCUCGGUCUUCGCCGUGUCUUUCGGACCUUUCGUUGUCAUGGGCCAACUCUCUCAGGUGUUGUCGCGGCUCUUCCCCUUUAAACGGGGCCUCUGCCAUGCCUACUGGGCCCCGAACAUCUGGGCCCUCUACAACACUGUGGAUAAAGUUCUGGCAGUGCUCGGCGUCCGUCUGAAGCUGCUGGACGAGGCGGAGCUUCCUCGAGCCUCCAUGACAGGCGGGUUGGUCCAGGAGUUUCAGCACUCGGUCCUCCCGUCCAUCUCUCCCUCUAUCACUCUUGUCUGCACUCUUCUGUCUGUUCUGCCGGCGGUUGUCUCCAUCUGGCGGCGUCCCCGCAGCAACCGGGCUUUCCUGCGCUGCCUGCUGCUCUGCGCUCUGGGCUCCUUCAUGUUCGGCUGGCACGUUCAUGAGAAGGCCAUCCUUAUCGCCAUCCUUCCGCUCAGCAUCUUGGCGGUGGAGAGCAGAGAGGAUGCUGGGAUCUUUCUGGUCCUGACCACCACGGGACAUUACUCCCUGUUCCCGCUGCUCUACACCCCCGCAGAGCUGCCGAUCAAAGUGUGUCUGAUGCUGAUGUUCACCAUAUUCUCCUUCACUGCCCUCAGGAAGCUGCACAGGGCCCAGGGUUCUCUGCUCCAUCCUCUGGAGGUCGUUUACCUGCUGGGGCUGGUUGCUGUGGCGAUCGCAUGUGAGUUCAUCUUCCCUUUGUCACCUUGGCAACAGAAGCUGCCAUUCCUCCCCCUGCUGGUGACCUCAGUGUACUGCGCAGCAGGAGUCAGCUACUCCUUCCUGCGUCUGUAUGUCACCCUGCUGCGCUCGGACGAGAAACCCAAACAGCUGUGAGGUCAGAGGGUCCACACGGACCGGUGCCACCUACCUCUGGGACACACACACACACACACACACACACACACACACACUGACUCAGGGCAGAGAGAGACAGAGGACAUACAGAACUACUGGAAACCUGAAGACAAACCUGAUCACAUCUACUUCAUGUUUUCACCAACUCAUGAUCCUGAUAAAUGUUCAGCUGAGCUACAGUCCAUAAUAAAAAUGAAUCCUGCUGCUCCUCUUUUUUAAAUGAUGCUGAAGAACUUCAGUCUCCUUCAGAUUCAUGUGGAAAAAACCUUAACAUGAAGAAAUGAUGUUGGAUCACAGAGAAACUGAAAGCAUAGCAGCUGAUGGAUUGAAAACUUCAAGGACCAAAGUGCUGCUGAAAAAUGUUUUUCUUAAUAAAUGAUUAAAUUCC